GAACAAUCAGGUGCUUCUCAUUAAUGCCAAACCACCCCAUGGGUCCCACCGUCCUCCGAUAAUCCCGUGAACCCCUCACACGUCAGCACGCGUCGUUUCGUACCGUACACAAAAAAUCACACACAACUCCUUCUUCUUCUUCAAGCACACACAGUCACACACACAGUCACACAGACUCUCUCUUUACAACAAUCAAUCGCCAUUAACGGUUUCUGAACCGAGGAAGAUGACGGACAUAACGGAUGAUAUAGCAGAGGAGAUUUCGUUUCAGAGCUACGACGAUGAUCUCGGCCUUCUGUUUAGUCUUUUUAACGAUGUUCUUCAACGAGAAGUCGGUCCGUACAUCAUGGAGAAGAUAGAGCGAACUCGUACUCUCUCUCAGAGUGCAUGUCUUAUAAGAGCAGCUGGGAUCGAGGGUACAGCAGAGGUUGUAGAAAAGCAAUUGGCUUCUGAGUUAUCAAACUUGACACUAGAGGAAGCCUUGAUGCUCGCUAGAGCUUUUAGUCAUUUUCUUAGCUUAAUGGGCAUUGCUGAAACUCAUCACAGAUCUCGUAAGAUAAGGAACGUGGCACAGGCCUCAAAAUCAUGUGACGAUACUUUUAAUCAGCUGAUUCAAAGUGGGCUUUCUCCAGAUGUGCUUUACGAAACUGUAUGCAAUCAGGCGGUAGAGAUAGUCCUCACUGCACAUCCCACUCAGAUUAACAGGCGGACUCUUCAAUAUAAACACAUUAGAAUUUCUCAUCUAUUAGAAGUUAAUGACCGCAAGGAUCUUACACAGGAAGAUCAAGAUGCUCUGAUAGAAGAUCUGGUGAGAGAGAUAACUUCUAUAUGGCAGACUGAUGAACUUAGACGCCACAAGCCUACACCUCUAGACGAAGCUAGAGCGGGGUUGAACUAUGUUGAGCAGUCCCUUUGGAAAGCCAUACCCCAUUACUUGCGCCGUCUCAGCAAUGCUUUAAAGAAGCAUACUGGGAGGCCACUUCCUUUGACAUGCACACCAAUAAGAUUUGGAUCUUGGAUGGGGGGUGAUCGAGAUGGAAAUCCUAACGUCACUGCAAAGGUUACAAGAGAUGUAUCUCUUCUAUCAAGGUGGAUGGCGAUUGAUCUUUAUACACGGGAAGUUGACAACCUCAGAUUCGAACUCUCUAUGAACCACUGUAGCAAUAGCCUGUCAUAUCUGGCACAUGAUAUUACUAAUAAAGAAAAGUAUGAAGGAGAACGGCACAUGAGGUUGAACCCUACACCAAAGCACCAAAGCCAUCAUGUGCAUGGCCUACCUACACAACUUCCAGCUCAAGCUGAUGCACCCUCUUGUACAGAAUGCAAUGAAGUGGAAUCUCAUUAUCCCCGCCUAGAUGUUCCUGGGUCAGAGUACAAACCCCUGAAAAGCAAGGAUGAGCAGGUUACUUCAUCAAGCAAAGUUGAUCUGAAAGUAAACGUAGACGGGAACCAGACUAAUACAGUCACCAUUCAACAACCCCUUACGCCAAAAUCUGGAUCUUUCAGCCCCAAUCAGCUCGGUCAGAAGAAAUCAUUCGCUGAAACACAAUUCGGUAAAGUCAGCUUCAGGAAACUUCUUGAACCAAGCAUGCCUCAGGAAUCUGCCAUUUCUCCUUACAGAAUUGUCCUUGGGGACGUAAAGGAUAAGCUAAUGAACACUCGUAGACGGUUAGAGCAGCUUCUAGAAGGCCUUCCUUGUGAUCAGGAACCUGGUGAUUACUAUGACUCACCUGACCAGCUAUUGCAACCACUCAUGCUGUGCUAUGAAUCUUUGCAAUCAUGCGGCUCGGGAAUUCUAGCAGAUGGACGACUUGCUGAUCUGAUAAGAAGAGUUUCUGUUUUUGGGAUGGUACUGAUGAAGCUUGACCUCCGUCAGGAAUCAGGUAGACAUUCAGAUACUCUUGAUGCGAUUACCGAAUAUCUUGAUAUGGGAACAUACAGUGAAUGGGAUGAAAACAAGAGGCUGCAGUUUUUAACAAGAGAGCUGAAAGGAAAGAGGCCUCUGGUCCCACCAACUAUAAAGGUUUCUCCUGAAGUUAAAGAAGUCCUGGACACAUUCCGUGUCUCCGCUGAGUUGGGUAGUGAUUCGCUAGGAGCAUAUGUGAUUUCCAUGGCCUCAAGUGCAAGUGAUGUCCUUGCUGUGGAGCUUCUGCAGAAAGAUGCUCGUCUUGCUGUUGCAGGAGAACAAGGAAAACCAUGUCGUGGUGGAUCAUUGCGGGUAGUUCCUCUGUUUGAAACUGUGAAAGAUCUGAGAUCAGCUGGUGCAGUGAUACGGGAACUAUUAUCGAUUGAUUGGUAUAAAAACCACAUCAUAAAGAAUCACAACGGACACCAAGAGGUAAUGGUUGGAUACUCUGACUCGGGUAAAGAUGCUGGCCGUUUUGCUGCUGCAUGGGAACUAUACAAAGCUCAAGAAGAUGUCGUGGCGGCAUGCAAAGAGUACGGUAUCAAGAUUACUCUUUUUCACGGGCGCGGUGGCAGCAUCGGCCGUGGUGGCGGUCCUACACAUCUUGCUAUUCAGUCCCAGCCACCUGGUUCUGUCAUGGGCACGCUUCGAUCUACUGAGCAAGGAGAAAUGGUGCAAGCCAAGUUCGGAUCGCCAGGAGUGGCGGUGCGCCAGUUAGAAAUCUACACAACAGCGGUCCUACUAGCCACCCUCCGUCCCCCCAAACCGCCACGAGACGAAAACUGGCGGAAUCUCAUGGAAGAAAUUUCCAAUCUGAGCUGCCAAAGCUACCGAAGCACGGUUUACGAUAACCCAGAAUUCAUUACUUACUUCCAAGAAGCCACACCACAAGCCGAACUCGGACACCUAAACAUCGGUAGCCGUCCAACUAGGCGUAAAUCCUCAGUAGGAAUCGGAGACCUCCGGGCCAUCCCAUGGAUAUUUGCAUGGACACAAACCCGGUUCGUUCUUCCAGCGUGGCUCGGAGUUGGAGCCGGUUUGAAAGGUGUUUGUGAUAAAGGACAGGUUAAAGAACUAAAAGCAGCUUACAAAGAAUGGCCAUUUUUCCAGUCAACAAUUGACCUGAUAGAAAUGGUUUUGGGGAAAGCUGAUAGCUCAAUUGUUAAACAUUAUGAUCAAGCUCUGGUUCAUGAAUCUCGGAGGGGUCUCGGUGAUGAUCUUAGGAAAGAGCUUUUGUCAACUGAGAAAUACGUGUUGGCUGUUACAGGACACGACAAGCUGUCCGAGAAUAACAUAAUUUUAAGGAAGUUGAUUGAGAGUCGGCUUCCAUAUCUUAAUCCUCUCAACAUGUUGCAGAUUGAGAUCUUGAAGAGGUUGAGAAGUGAUACCGAGAAUCAUAAACUUAGAGAUGCAUUGCUUAUUACCAUCAACGGCAUCGCUGCUGGAAUGAGGAAUACCGGAUAGAUGUUGAUAACAAGUGUGUGUAUAUGCGCUAAAUAAUUGUACGAUACAAGUCACUGCAGCUUCUAAGCAUCAGUUAUAGUCUAAGCUACGCCCCUAAUUAUAUGGGGUAUCAUAUGCUCUAUUAAAAACAACUUGUUUCUAAGCAUCAAAAUAAUGUAGUCACAUCUUCAAUCCAUUAGCUAGGGAAUCUAAUGCAAAGUGGUUGGUGUUGGCAAA